GCCAGUUCCCCACGUGAGGCCACAUCACUCAGUCGCUCGCGGGCAAUGUGGUGUGGUUCGAUGUGGUGUGGUGUGGUGUGGUGUGGUGUGGUGUGGUAUGGUGUGGUGUGGUACUAUAAAGCAGUAAUCUUGUUCUGACCUUGUUAAAUAAAGGGAAUAGGCUGUUAUCAGAAAACAUUAUUUAGUAAGAACUCAUGCAUUUUAAGUUAACAUCACACCAAUGACAGACAUGCCAGAACGUGUGCGCAACAAAUGAUAACCUCUUCAAAACAGGUAUAAAAUUACAAAUUGGGAGUCAACGACAUUUGCUUGAGAAAAACGUAGUCACUUUUAAAUACGAACAUACUAUUGCAACAGUAACGGAUAUUAUGGAUAUAUCAGCAUUAUAUUUUACAGAAAAUGUUAAUAUCCAAACUUUAUUAUUGGGAUUGGUUAUUUUACUGAUCAUACAAUGGCUUGUGGCACGGUCAAAAUAUAACUACGAUUUACCUCCGGGUCCAAUAGCUUUUCCAAUAAUUGGAAAUCUACCUCAGAUGAUUUACAGCACUGAUCUUUAUUUAAAGAUAGAAGAUCUUCGAAAACAAUAUGGAGAUAUUUUUAGACUCAAGGUUGGUUCUGAUACCUUCGUGUUUGUAUGUAAAACUGAAAUGAUUUUGGAAGGAUUAGUACAGAAAGGAGAUCAACUGAAAGGAAUAUGCAAUUGGGUUUACAUUUUUGAUAAAGUUUUCCAAAGAAAAGGUGUCAGUUUUAAUUCUGGAAAAGAAUGGAAAGACCUCAGAAGAUUUAUUACGUCAACAUUUCGAGAUUUAGGAGUAGGAAAAAGAAAUACAGAAAAAAAGAUAUAUUUAGAAACACUGACAUUAGGCGAAUUUUUUGAAUCUCACAAUGGUAAACCGUUUUCCUUGAGUACUCCGAUGUCAUAUUACUCGUUGAUCAUUAUAUACAGUAUCAUAUUUGGUGAAAGGAUCGCAUUCGGAGCACCUGAGAUUAUGGAAAUCCUUGAAAAUCUUAAAUUUUUCUUCAAGCAUGUUAAUGCAGUUGUACCAGAAAAUUUCUUCCCAUUCUUAAGAUUUUUUCGAUGGAAUUCUCCCAUAGAAAACCUUAUCAAGAAACGGAAAAAACUCCGAAGUUACGUAAAAAAUAAAAUCACAGAACAUAAAGAGACGUUUAAUGCUGAAAACAUAAGAGAUUUCAUUGAUAUUUAUUUGCUGUCGCUUGAGAAGGAACCAAACAAUGAAUCUUUAUCCGCUUUAGGACAAAUAAACUUAAAGUUAGAGUCUAGAAAAAUUGGAGUUAUCCAAAAAGUGGAUAGUCAAUGGGCAUCACCAACUGUAUAUGGUAUUCCUGAUAUCAUUGUGUCUGACAAUGGAACUCAAUUUACUUCAGACGAGUUCAGGAAGUUUUGUAAAAUGGAAGCGUUUUCUUCUUUGGAUGCCUAUAAAAAUGUAUUAGAAUUAGAUGGACUGAAAUGUGAGCUGAAGUUAUUUUAUGCUGCAGAUUUUGCAAAGCAAGUGUCAAACAUCCAAGAAGUCGCAUACAUAAUACAGGAGCUUGAACUAAACCAAGUAACAAAAUUACUACAUCAAAUUGUGACCAUACCUGCCACAUCUGCUUCCUGUGAAAAAUCACUUUCUUCAAAGCAAAUUUCUCUUGUAACCAAUAACAGUCAUCAUGUCAGACCCGUCGCCAGGGUAUUGCUAACGGGGGAACAUCAAGUCCAGAAGAGAGGAGCACCAAGCCCGAAGAAUGGUCUGUUGGCAGAAGAGCAUUUUCUCACUUUAAAGUUAGUUCGCAGAUGGAGGCGGAGGCGAAUAGCUUUUAGCGAGGGGGAAAGAGUUAUGUCUUCUGUGGUGGCUUAUCUAUUUCAGGUCACCAAUCUGAACAGACCUGUCACAAUGGAAGACAAACAACACAUGACAUACGUUGCAGCAACUCUUCUUGAGAUUCAAAGAAUUGCGAUAGUUUCUCCAAUAAGUCCUCCACAUGCCGCUGAAGUAGACACAACACUAGGAGGCUAUGAUAUUCCAAAAAAUACCGUUCUUUCGUACAUGUUAAUAAAUGCUCAUUUUGAUCCAAAAUAUUGGGAUAAUCCAAAGGAAUUCCGUCCUGAAAGAUGGAUCGAAGAAAAUAAUGAGCUAAAGAAAAAUGAGGCUUUCAUGCCUUUCUCCUUGGGCCCAAGAGUUUGUCCUGCAUUAGCACUGGCCAAUACAGAAACUUUCAUAACUUUUACAAACAUCAUACAGAAAUUUCAGCUGGAUAAACCUGAUGAAAAUCCAAUGACAAUAGACGGCAAGCAAUCAGGCAUCACUUAUGUCCCUGUGAAUGAUAAUAUCCGUGCAAUACCACUGUGAUAUACUCUGUUGUUAUAUGCUUUGAGCGUACCUGUUUUAUGUACAUUAGAUGUAAUGGUAAAAAAGUAUAUCUUUGUAAGUUCAGGUGACAUUUCUUCGCAGAAUACUGACAAUUCCCUGAUGUUAAAUUAUAGCAUUCCGCUAACAAAGAGCAACACGGAAAUACAAAGAGAUACAAAUGAUUAGAAAAUGCCAAAAAUAAACAAACAAAUAAAAAUCAAAAAUAUGAAAUAAACUGAUGAAAAUAAAUUAAUAGAAAUAUAAAAAUAAAAAAAUAAAAAAAUAAA